AUGGCUGCUGAAGGUGAAGUUCCCGGGAGCAGACAUUGGCAGAGAGAUGGACGCCGCAUGAAUACUUCAGGGCCGACCAGUCCUUCGUGUGACGCGUUUCUGGUCGUCAAUGUUGCUGUGUUCGGGAUCACGGAAAGUAUUAUUGUGCAACCGAGUGACGGUCAGCGGAAAGAUGCAGCUAACGAUCCUCUUGCUAACUGCGAUGUUCAUGCAACGCCCUGCAACAGCUCACCUCCACCCACACACCUUCCUUACUACGCCCGAGAUCAUACGAGCGCGCGGAUACCCGGCUCAGACCCACCACGUGACGACCAGCGACGGGUAUGUCCUCCAAAUGCACCGGAUUCUGGGGGGCGGAGCCAGGGCAGGGGCGAGGGCCACAACGGACUCGAUUUCGCCUCUUCAGGUAAGAACAGCAGUAGUGGCAACAGAGGAAAUCGGAAAGUUGUGUUCCUUCAGCACUGUGUAUUGUGUUCCAGCGCUGAUUUCAUUAUGAACGAUCCUGAUCAAUCAGUAGCGUUCAUUUUGGCAGACUUGGGUUACGACGUGUGGCUGGGAAACGUCCGGGGCAAUGUUUACAGUCGACGCCACGUUCGUCUCUCGCCCAGUCAACCCGAGUUCUGGGACUACAGCAUUGACGAGAUCGCACGGUAUGAUGUUCCUGCCAUGUUGACCUAUGUGAGGGAAGUGACAGGAUCACCCACUCUCAGCUAUGUAGGGCACUCCAUGGGCACCACCGUUUUCUUCGCUAUGAUGAACUAUCAUCCGCAAAUCAACAAUUGGGUACGGGUGAUGGCUGCAAUGGCCCCAGUGGCUUAUCUUCACAACGCGAGAAUUUUUAAAUUCUAUGCGACUGCCAUUGAUGUGCUCGAGAUCAGCGUAACGAAGCUAGGGAUUGAGGAGUUCUUAAUGAACACUCCGGGCUUCUCCAAACUCGUCUCCUUGUUCUGUUCUCCGUUCUCUCCUGCUAAAGUCAUCUGCUCCGCCGUUCGCCUGCUUCUCUUCGGGGUUAAUUCUGACUAUGUGGAUAAGAAUUACCAAUCGGUUAUCUUAGCCCACAACCCUGCAGGCAUUUCCAGCAACGUCUUAAGACAAUACAGGCAGUUCAAUAUAAGCCGUCGGUUCCAGGCCUUCGACCACGGCGCGGCGCGGAACCGGCGCGAGUACGGGUCGGCCUCCCCGCCGCGCUUCUCGCUGGCGCCCGUCACCGUCCCCGUCGGCCUCUUCUGGUCCGCCGGGGACUGGCUCGUCGAUUCCUUGGAUGUGAAGCAGACGGCUUCGGAACUGCCUCGAGUCGUCCUCAACUACCGGGUUCCUUUAAGCGACUUCAACCACAACGACUUCCUGUGGGCCGAGAACGCCAAGGACCUCGUCUACGGCCAGCUGGUCCGAUUGCUGGAGGCGUACAACUGAGGGGGGCUUCCUGCGAAGGUCUUUCGGGAGGCCCUUGGAACGCAGCCGGAAUGGGGCUCAGUUUUGAGUAAGCAGAGGUCGAAGCUAUAUUCGUAGUCAUAUAGAUACA